CGACGGUGGAGCAGCUGGAGAACGGCGCGGAGGGGCCGCACGCAGCCGGGGGACGGCACUGGAGCCCGCUGCAGCCGUCGCUGGAUAGGAGCGGUUGUUUCACGAGCGGCGAACCGUUCUGCGGGACGCCGAGCAGAGCGUCGCGUCGAAAGUGACAGCUUGAAGGCGCCGCCGGCCAACGGCAGAGCCGCAUUGGAGCGUGUGAAGGAAGCGGAAGCUGCGGAGAACUGCGGAGCUGUGACGGAAGCUGUGACGGGAAAAGGAGCUCCCCUUACCCUCCCCAAGGGUUUGUGACGGACGCCGGGCCACAUGACAGACCUCGGAACCGUGCGGCGAACAUCGGAGACGCAUGACAGGUGUGAAAGCUGUGACCGGCACCGAAGCAGCUGACAGGUGUGGACACUGUGACCGGUACCGAAGCAGCUGACAGGUGUGGGCCCUGUGACCGGCACCGAAGCCGCUGACAGAUGCGAACGCUGUGACGGCACCAGAACUGCGUGAUACGUCUGGGCCUUGUGACGGACACUGAAUCCGGGUGACGGGCGUGGGCCCUGCACGGACACCGACUUCACGUGGCAGGUGUGGGCCCUGGACGGAAACCGGAGCUGCGUGACAGACCUCCGGAGCUGACCGAAGCACCAUGUGGCGAUCAGCACUGCUGCUGCUGGCCUGCCUGAGCACUGGAAUGGGUGAUUGCUUCUUUCCGUUUGAGUAUCACGGAACAUAUGCCGUCCAAAUGGCGCAAAAUCAAUACUCAGAAGUGCUGAUAGAGAUGAACAAGAUCUUGCCAUAUGGAGUAUGUCACAGGAGAAUUGGAAACAACUUGAUACUUCGCGACUCGAGUAACGGCUGUCUGCGCUGCUUCCACCUGGCCAUCCGCUCGGCCAACGUCCUGCAGCUUCACACGCGGGAUCCGCAGAGCAGCUGCGCCACCAACCUCAACGACACGUUCAAACUGUGUCCCACCGUCGACGAGAUGAGCUCGCCGCAGAGGAUGAACCGCAGCCGCAUCCACGAGCUCAUGAUGUACAAAGUGAAGACUCGGACCCACGACCCGCACGUACACCAGGUGUACUGCCCGAUCAGCGGCCGCUUCUCCUUCUCGUACGACAUCGCCGACGGCACAGACAGCGCGGCCGCGUGUCCGGGCUCGCGCUCCCAGAUCUCGAACUGUCCGUACGGCUUCGGACUCCACCUCCGCUUCAGUGACUGCUCGUUCAGACAGGACCUCAACAUGACGUUCCAAUGUCUUGGAGACUGGCAGGACAACAACGGUAACAACUUCAUGGCUUUGCUGGAUGAAGGGGACUCCAAUGACAAGAGACCUCGCUACCGAUGUGCGAUGUACCGCAAGGAGGCCGGCACGGGUCGCAUCUACAUGGCGCUCUCGUCCGACUCGUCCUGCCACCGGGAUCUGGUGAGCGCCACGCGCGGCUACGAGCGCCUGGUGCUGGACGCCAGACCCAGCCAGCCGUGGCCGCUGGCCGUCCGCCAGGCCUCCUGCUCCUUCCCCGACUGGGCGCAGGGACACUGGCAGCACUCGCACGUCGACGGCGACACCAUGGUCUACAAGGACGCCAAGAACUUCAAGACACACACAGCACGCUGCAUCGCCAGCCACGACGAGAAAUACGUCAAUCUACUCCCGCUCGCAGUGCGGUGAGGAGGCCUACAACUGUAUCUGGCUGAAGCGGAGAAGCGAUAACGUCAUGGAGUUCCAGCUAGGUCUGAGCCCGAGCAGCAAUGCUGAAGACGUCAUGU